AAGGCGGACGAGAAGCUGCGGAAGAAGCAAAAGUAGAAGAAAAAGAGAGGGCGGAGGCUAAUGGUGGGGCAGAUGUUCUCUACUCGGUACAUUCCUGGUGGGGGUAAGCCAACACUCAAAGUUCGUGGUGACGUAGUUGUGGCAGGAACGCGACGCGUUUUUGUCCCCGCCGGAAGAAUACGGCAGCUUCCUAGAUUCUGACCGCGUCUGUGCGUCUAUCGAAACGGAGCGACCAGCGAUCGAGGAGACCCCCGACGAGCGGGAUCGUCGAUAACGGGGGUUGGAGAGAGGAGAAGGGAAGGGCUAGAUAAGGAAAGUAGAGGGAGAAGAGCGGAGAACAGACCCAAAGGAGAGAAGAACGCGAAGCGAGCCAGGCCGAGAGGGAGGGGGAUAUCUAGUCCAGGAGACCGGAAGAGGGCUUCUCUUCCGGGUGUGUUUCUCGAUUCGUUUCGCGACAACGGUCGUUCGCGUUCCCCAGCGGGUGAUUUUGAUUGUUUUUCCAUCAUUGCCGGGCCGCUAUCGCGAGGAUUACGACCGCUCAAUAUUUGCAUCCGUUCGAGUGCUUCAAAGAGACUGUUUCGCUUUGAUCGCCGCGCUCGAAAGCUGGAGAAGAAAGAAGAAGGCGAGGAAGAGGAACUGGCGGCGGAGAAGGAGGAAGAAGCCGCAACACGACGCCCAGGAAGAAGAAGAAGAAAACGAUCGGUGCUUCGCGGUGAAGUGUCGGCAGAAGACCAGAUACGAGAAAGUAGUCGAGAGUGGACGGUCGAGGAGAUCGGGUGCUCGAUAAAGAAUUUCUCUCCAUCGAGAUCGAGGAAAAGGACUGGCCGGAUAAUUUACAAAAGGAGCUCUCGGGUGAUCCGACGCGUGCAGUUGUUCGACGGUUUCUCGUAGGUCAGGAAUCCUCCAGUGGGUGGUGCUACGCCGCGACAUCGAGCGCCGAUAUCUCGAUAGCGAUUUCCGACUCGUCCUUAUUCGCUGGACGAAGGCCGUGUUCCGGUAUCCAGAGGUACGAACAGGCAGAGAAAGGAAGCAAUCGGCAAUUGUCGAAGUCACUCCGCGGGGCGGAGGGGAUGGAGAUGCGCCUCGUUCUCGUGGCGAUCUGCCUCCUUCUCGUCACCCCCAUCGCCGGCUCUUUCUGGACCGUUGGAAAUCAGGUGGUGAUGGACCCCAUGCUCAUCUGCAAGAAAACUAGGAGGCUGAAGGGCAAGAUGGCGGACAUUUGUCGGAAGGAACCGUCGCUGCUGAAGGAAAUCGCGAAGGGCGUGCAAGUGGGGACCAAAGAGUGCCAGUAUCAAUUCAGGAAUCGGAGGUGGAACUGCACCACGAUCAGGAGGUCCCUCAGGAAGAUUUUGUUACGGGACACGAGGGAGACAGGGUUCGUGAACGCCAUCACAGCAGCCGGAGUCACUUACGCGGUCACCAGAGCCUGCACCAUGGGCCACCUCGUUCAGUGCUCCUGCGACAAAAUGACCUCGAAGGGCAACCCUCUCAGCAAAUUCGCCAGGACAGCCGCGAUGGAGAAGAGUCUGCCGACGGAGAGCGACUGGGAGUGGGGUGGAUGUGGCGACAACGUCAAGUUCGGAUUCAAGAAGUCGCGGGACUUCAUGGACGCCCCGUACCGGAAGCGCAGCGACAUCAAGACGUUGGUCAAGCUUCACAACAACAACGCCGGUAGAUUGGCUGUGAAGAACUUCAUGAGGACGGAGUGCAAAUGCCACGGGCUAUCCGGCUCGUGCACCGUGCGCACCUGCUGGCGGAAAAUGCCGCCGUUCCGCGACGUUGGGAACCGACUGAAGGAGUCGUUCGACGGGGCGGCGAAGGUGAUACCGAGCAACGACGGCCACAGCUUCAUCACCGAGGGUCCGACCAUCAAACCGCCCGAACGAUCAGAUCUGAUCUACAGCGAGGACUCGCCCGACUUCUGCAAGCCCAACAGGAAGACGGGAUCCCUGGGCACGCAAGGUCGUCGAUGCAACUCCACCAGCCAAGGCGUCGACGGCUGCGAGCUGCUCUGCUGCGGCAGAGGCUACGACACCAGGAUCGUCAAGGAAAAGAUCAACUGCGACUGCAGGUUUCGCUGGUGUUGCGAGGUCACUUGCAACACCUGCCUGGAAAAGAAAACGAUCAACACUUGCCGCUAGAUCGGCUGGUUGGUCGCAGGCGAUCCAAGGAAUGAUGCUUUGGUCGACGUUUAGGUUAAACAUUUGUAAUAUACGCGUCGCGCGAUCGUCGCGAAUCGGGUUUGCUCGUUAGUCGUAAGAGAGGCGAUAUCGUUCGUCUCCCAUUGUUCGAAGCUUUCCAGGUAUCUCCAGCUGUUCGUUUUAAGCGUUUCCGCUUCGCGCGCAAACGAUUGUCCGCUUUUCCGCUUGCUUCCCCGUCGACUUUUCCGUUGGGGUCGACCGAAGUACUUAAUCUACCCCAGGGGUGGGCAGAGUUUCAUUGGAUAUACUCGAUACUCGAAACGUAGCUUGACUGUUCAACGCAGAUCGAAAUUACUUCGAUCGAUCAAAUAACGGAUCCAGGAGUGUUUAUCCUGUAUUCGCUAUUUGGAAUUUCGUGGUUCGACGUUCAUUUCUGGCCACUUCUGAUUUCUCCUGUUCCACCCUUUCCUCGCUCCCUAUGCGCUUGCGUUCACCGCGAUAUUCUGUAAAUAAGACUGAACCGACGAUGUCGUUUAUACAUUGUGCAGCGUGACAUGGCGAAUAAAAACGUGUAUCCUCGGG